CCGAAGUCUCCGCCUGUGUGGUGCAGGUUGAGUUGACAGGCUACAGAUGCCCCGAAGGAAAAAGCUUUCAGCGUAACGCGUGGAAGUUCAGUUUGGCGGUUGCGAAUGAUGAACGAAAUAAAGACGCAGUGAUAGAAUGGCUGUUGAAGCUGUCCACUGUCCACUGAGUCAGAAUGGCGUUGAACACGUAGAAUGCACCGAAGAUAUCACGCUGCAUCCCAGGGCCGAGUCGGCGGAGAGUCCGGCCGGAAAAGAGACAAACAACGAGAGAAUUCCAGAAUCUAAAGCAAGCCCUAAGCAACUGAACUCAGAGGGGGAAACCACAAGGCCCGGACAUGUGAAGCUGACAAAGCCUGUUGCUCUGUGGACCCAGCAGGAUGUCUGCAAAUGGCUGAAGAAGCACUGUCCAAACCAGUAUCAAGUCUAUAGUGAGGCCUUCAAGCAACACGACAUCACAGGUCGCGCUUUGAUGAGGCUGACAGAUAAAAAGCUCGAAAGAAUGGGAAUCGUUCAAGAAAGCCAUAGGCAAUACAUCCUGCAGCAGGUCCUCCAGCUGAAAGUGCGAGAAGAAGUUCGGAAUCUGCAGCUGCUCACACAAGGUGAACCAGGAAUCUGUGGGGAACAUUUGGUUUUCAAGUUGUUAUUCUGUGGUCCAGUGAUCCCUGCUGGGAAAUGGUGAAGCAGCCCCCCUGAAAGGUUUCCAGAAGCUGGAGGAGCAUGAGACUUGGACACCGGAGCCCAGUCUGGAUGGGACGCCAGCCCCGGCCGUGCACAAUCACGCACUCCCCCCGCGCCCCGCCAUGCUGGCCAGUUAGGACAUUUUAGGCAAGGCUUUGGGGUUUGGAGUGAAUGCUGCGGAUCUUUUGUAAUCGCUUGACACUGUAUAGACCCCCACAACCCUGACCUCCAUGAAGCGGGUGAGAGAAUGUAUGAACUGUAUGUAUGUAUGUAUAUGUUAUAACGGAAGACACGAUCACGAAAAUAAAACCAAAAAAAUGACGUCAAUG